CGAAGAAGUCCUGGCCAAAGAUGCCGGCAAUAGUGGGUGAGAUGGGUACACAAUCGACGCCAUCUGGUCCAAUACCCUACAAAUAUGUUCAGCAGACAUACAUGCUUUCCAGUCAAGCAAGGAAUUGGCGUUUCAGUGCUCGACAGAUUGCCAAGAUGCGCAAAGAUGGCAAUGAAGCAGCACAAAAGCGAUUAAGGGAAAUAUGGCAACGUGAACGAGAAUUGCCAUUGAUGGGAGGUGAAGAAGAAGAGCCAGAAGCAUCAUCUUCUAGUACACCGAUCGAGUUCUUGGACGUAGAUGAUGAACAAGCUUUGAUUUCUUACUAUUUCACAAGGGUUCGACAAUUGGUAAAAGCGUUCUCUUUGCCGGAAUUGGUUGAAGCAACGACGAUCACGUUUAUCAAACGGUUCUAUCUGCGAAAUACAUGCAUGGACUUUCAUUCAAAGCAUAUUGUGCUUACCUGCUUAUUCUUAGCAGCCAAAGCAGAAAGUCAUGCCAUUCCACUAAGGCAUUUUGCAACGAAACUUGCUGGAAAAGAACAGAAUCCAAAGGUCAUCAACGAAAACAUCAAAACGGUACAAGAUUUAGAGUUUCUAGUUUCACAAAGUUUAGCAUUCGAAUAUACAGUCCAUGGUGCACAUAGAGCUUUGCAUGGAUUCAUGUUGGACUUUCAAACUUUACAGCCUGCUCCUACGACGGAUAUGAUGGCUGCCAUCCUCGCGCCUGCAAGGGCAAACGUUCAACAAUCUAGAUUUACCGAUGCUGAACUGAUUUAUACACCUUCGCAAAUCGCUUUGGCAUGCGUUCAUAGCUCGUGUAGCGAAGGCAAAGAAGCUGUUGAACGAUUCUUAGAGGCAAAGUUUAAGAGGACGAAGGAGAAUUGGCAAAAGGAGAUCGAACAAAGACAAAAGUGGAGAGCGACAGAAAGACAGAAAUUGGAAAAGAGAGGAGUGAAGGAGGAUGCGUUACCACAAGCAGUGAAAGAUGUGGAAGUGCCUUUGGACAGCGAAGAGAGUGGAAGGAUGGAUAGCAAGCAAACGCUGGCUGUACUGGCAGAGAUUGAAGAGAUGAUUUCUUCACACGUUGCUCAAACGAAUGAAAAAGUCAAAGAGGUAGAUAAGAAGCUAAAGAUGUGCUCAAAUCCAGAACGAAUGUCAAACAGUCGAUUAACACGAAAACAUGAAGAGGAUAAAAAGAAUGCCAUCUUGGGCAAACGAGAUGCCAGUCGAACGAAAGUUUCGGGUGAUGAUGCUAAAUUGGCCAAUCCGUUCGUAGAUGAAGAUGACGAUGACGAUGAGAUCGAAAGGGCACCCACUACCAAAAGACAACGAGUAGCAUGAUGUACAGUAUAUAGUAUAGCAUAAUUUAUAAAUGACUGUC